ACUAUGGAUAAUGGGGUCCGGUUUCCGUACAACCUCAUGGACUGCACUUUGGUCGCACACGAUCUGCUUCGGACUCUAUGUUUGGACUUUGUUCUGCUUGUAGCAAGCCAGCCUGAUGAAGGUAUAUUAAAACCGAAACGUUGCAACAUGUAAGGCUUGCAUUUAAAUAUGUGCAGUGAUUUAUGGAGCAAAAGCUCAUUAAAGCGCCUAUUGAUCACAUGAAAACGCAGCACGAGUGUUUUACUAGCCUACGGCCGCUUAACCUUUAUUAGCAAGCACAAUAGUGUGUAUACAGUAUAGUUAAGGUUAAAAUACGGGCUUGAAACAUGCCUCCUUGGUGUGAGGACCAGCCGUGGACCGUGGUGGAGCGCCGGAGAAGAGGUGGGAGAGAGCGCAGGACACCGUCCCGCCGAUGCAGCGAUCGUGAAACCGACGCCUCGGUCGCUGGAGAACAAAGGUACGGAGAUGAGAGAGACUUUCCUCCACGGCGGCAGCGAAAGUGGAGCAGGGAGCCGCGGGUCGCGGAACGCUAUGCUGCCCAAGAGAGAACCCGACCCGAACAGAACCGGAAAGCUGAAUGGGACUUUACCCAGAACAAACGGUAUGUAAAGCCUGCCCGAAUGAAACGGGCCGAACCUCCACAGAAGAAAAUACAGUCGGAUGAUCCUGACUUCUCAGCCAAGGUGCGCAUCAUUCACAGACUUAUUAAAUCAGUUCAUCACCUGAAAAAUGUUUCACAGGAUAUUUAUCCUCCCUCUUUGAACAAGAUAGUUCAUAAUCUAAUGACUGUAAUUCAACCAGCAAUUCCCCAAAGAGAAACACAGAAUUUAGUUGAGGGGAAUGCUAAGAACUGGGCCCACACGACCAUUGUAAUCCUCCGUGACCAUUAUAAUCAAUGCAUAGAGGAGGAAUUAAAGACUCUUUUUGAGUUUCCUAAACAGGACUGGAGAGGCCCCUUGGAGGUAGCCACAUCCUGGGCCAAGAGGAAUCUGGGCCGUCGUCUUCAGCCUGAAUCUUGGGAGCAGGCUCAGACGCUUAUUGUGUCGAAGCUGACAGUUCUGCAGGCAGCUGCUGGGUCAACCAAUGCAGUCAGCGAACCCGAACAACAGCCACAGGUGAAUGAAGAAAUGAUGCAGCUGGACAUUGUUCAGGACCUUGAUAGGGGACUGGAGCCAACUUCUCUGCACACACGAUCCACCGCAUCACAGACCAAUACGGACCGGAUUACAUCCAUCACAGCACAGCUCCAUGCUGCACCUGCACCAAUCAUUGCACUCAAAACGAUGACUGAUCCUGUCCCAGAGGACGGCACAUCAUUUAUGGGGAGACAGGAAGAGAGAAACAGCGCACAGGGAUCUGCCAUUCCUCCUGAAAUUGUACAGGAGACAAAACCCAUUCAAGAGGCGCAGAGAGACCAGAGGGUGGAUGGAAUCUUAACCACAGCCCAUGAGGCCUCUACUGGGGAGAAAUCCUCUCCCUCUAUCCAGCCGUCACAGGCCCUGAGCAAGGAAACCAUUGAGGUCAGGGAGCUCGCACAGGGGGAAUUCACCCCCAAGAAGACCAAGAGAGGAAGUCCCUUGCAGUUCUACGUGGAUUACAUGUGCCUAUGGCCCUGGCCUUAUCCACGGGACUGUCAACAAGCCAGCUGUCUUUACUGUUAACACCAAAGAUGCUGGAGAUGGUGGUUUGUCUUUUGUCUCUGGCCAUUAAGGGUCCAUCCAAGGCUGGACUGUGUGGACAACCAGGACGGAACCUGCACGGUGUCUUACCUUCCAGUGCUGCCACGAGACUGCAGCAUCCUUGUUAAAUACAAUGACAAACACACCCCAGGCAGCCCCUUGUCUGCUAGGAUUACUGGUAACAUCAGUGUAGACCAUCCAUGCAGCCUCUAAGAUGGCAGCCCAAACACUACAGUAAAGUAAUUCAUUUCCUGCUGGAUCUGGAGAUGUUCCACGACCACAUGUUGGAAACAUUCUGAUCAGAUGCCCCAAACCCACUGCUCCACCCCUCCCCUGCAGCUGAGCCACAAACCACAGCCCACCACAAUAUGAAAGAAAAGGUGCAUUUAUGCCAUUAGUGUGCCCUAGGAAUCACUGCUGGAUCUCUAGGUGACGAUUCCAUGAGGAUGUCCCAUCUGAAGGUGGGCUCAGCUGCAGAUAUUCCACUGGACAUAGGAGAGCUUGACCUCAGCCAGCUGACAGCCUCUCUUACAACACCCUCGGUGCGAGAGGAGCCCUGCCUGCUGAAGAUGCUGCGUAACGCUCACAUUGGAAUCUAGUUUGUUUCCAAGGAGAUUGGUGAGCACCUUGUUAACAUCAAGAAGAACGGCCGUCAUGUUCCCAGCAGCCCAGUUGCUGUAAUGAUCCAGCAGUCAGGGAUUGGUGAUGUGAGCUGUGUGCGUGUGAGUGGACCGGGGCUGAGCGAGGCCAGGACUUUUCAGCCUGCAGAGUUCAUCAUUGACUAUCGUGAUGCAGGUAUAUGCUCAGUGAAAGGAUAGAUAGGUGAGCUCCUUUGGUGUGAACAGGACUCUUCUAAGAACGUUCUACGACACUGUGGUGGUGUCUGCUGUCUUUUAUGCUGUGGUCUGCUGCAGUGGUGGAAUGGCAGAGAGGGACUGGGGGAAACUUAACAAACUGGUCAAGAGGCCCAGCUCUGUCCUGGACUGUCUGCUGAAGUCCAUUCAGCAGAUAAGCUAACAUCCAUCAUGGACAGCCCCUCCCACCCCCUGCAUGAGACUUUUACACCCACAGUGUAGGAAGGAGCGCUACCAAAGGUCAUUCUUACCAGCAGCUGUCAGACUCUAUAAUCCAGUUUAACAUGCUUAUCUGACUCAUCACCUGUUUAAUUGACGUAUCAAAUGUUUUUAAUUGCUGCUGCUCACUUGCAGCUUGUUUGUACACUGUAUAUUUCACCAGGAUCAUUCAUCACUUGUCUACAUAUCUCUGUACACUUUUAUCUGUGAAUUUAGGUUGCUUAUGUAUAUAGGACCACUUUGUGUCUUCCUUCUAUGUUUUAUAUUCCUCUUGCUAUAAGAGCUGUGUAACACCCAAAUUUUGGGACAACCUGUAGUCGAAGGAUUCUUCUCUGCAGAAGAUGGCGUUACAGAGGAUAUCAGCUUGGAGGGACAGGUAUGCUGAUAGCGCUUCCGUGGCCAUCGACUGCACGGCGGAUCUGGUUCGCUGCCAGUUGCGUGACUGGUCCGGACCGCUAAAUGAUGAUGAGCUGGUCCUGAUGUACGGGAUGGCCCUGGUAAGGUUUGUUAGCCUCAUCACAGAGCGCAAGAACAGGAGAAAACCCCGGACGAUGAAGAUGAUGGCUAGGAAGCUAAACAUCCCAGAGUGGUUGGUGAAUCUGAGGUACAAGGUCAGUCAUCGGAAGACUCCUCCAUUGAAGUCUUUGUGACAGGGAUGUGAGGCGGCCCUGGAGUGGCUCAAA